AUGUCAAGUACCGCUAUCCCGCCCCUGGACAACACCUACGGCUCUGUGCUCAUCGGAACCUGCCUCGGGCUUAUCCUCUACGGCGUCACGCUUCUUCAGUCGUACCGAUACUUCCAGCUGUUCCCCGCGGACCGCCCGUUCCUCAAAAUGCUGGUUGUAGCUAUGCUCAUCCUUGAGACACUGUACACGGUGUUGAGCAUGCACAUAUGUUAUUGGUCCUUGGUCACAAACUACGCCAAUCCGCAGGCGUUGUUCACCGGUCGCAGUGUUUGGUCACUUGCCUUCCUCCCUCUAGCGUCGGGUCUCCUCAUGAUGACCAGCCAGAUUUUCUUCCUACGGCGGAUCAUAAUCGUCGGACGCAAGUACUGGCCAUGCGCAGGUGUAGCGAUUAUGCUGAUCAUCACGCAAGUCUCGUUCGAAUCCCUUGCAACCCAGAGAGCUUUCACGCUUGAUGUCAGUAACGUCCACGAGAUCUUUGGCCCCAGCUCUACUGGCGCUGUGUUCGCUCUGGCCGCCGACCUGAUCAUCACUGGGACGUUGAUCCUCUCACUAUGGCAGAGCAAGACCGGCUUUAGCCAGACGAACACUCUGCUGAACAAGCUUAUAUUGUACUCCGUUAACACCGGUCUGAUUGCUGGCGCGAUCAACGUCAUCUCAGUAAUUCUAGCCUUCCGGUUUCAGCAGACGCUGCUCACCUUCGCGCCUGGUAUCAUCUGCGUGCGCUUCUACGCAGUCUCGAUGAUGGCCGCUCUCAACACCCGCGCAUCCCUCAAGGGCCGUGGUCGUAGCACCAACGGGACCUCAAACGGUGCUAGCGGCCUCGAGAUGAACACCCCGGUAAACAUCAAGCUCCAGUCCCGUCCCCAGGUGCAGAAUAUCGACGUCAGCGUCAACGUCGAAGAGCACAGCGACAUGCACAAGCAGCCGGUCCAGAGCGACGGCGUGUCGGACGACUUCGACGAGACGCGCAAGGUGCAGCACGGUCGCUUCAACGCGGUUUGA